AUGUUUACACAUUACUAUAAAAACCCAGAGGAAACAGCCAAGGCCGUUGACGCUGACGGCUGGUUCUCUACCGGUGAUGUUGCCCAAGUCACCAACGACGGCUGGUUCAUCAUCAUUGACCGAGUCAAGAACUUUUUCAAGUUGGCUCAAGGCGAAUACGUUACUCCUGAAAAGAUCGAAAACUUGUACCUUACGUCCAACUCGCUUUUAACUCAAGCCUAUGCACACGGGGAUUUCACCAACUCGUACUUGGUUGGGGUUGUUGGGGUAGACCCAAAUGCCAUAAAGUCGUUUUUGAAACAGAGAAUGAAUUUCACAGAUGGCGACUUGGCCGACGAAGAGAAGAUCUUGGAGAUUUGCAACAGGAGGGAGACCAGAGUGCAAAUCUUGCUCCACAUGAAUAGCAACGUCGGAUCCAAGUUGAAUGGAUUUGAAAAGUUGCACAACAUCUACGUUGAAUUCGAGCCUUUGAGAUUGGAUCGCGAGGUUAUUACACCCACGUCAAAGUUGAGAAGACCAAUAGCUUACAAGUAUUUUAAAAAGCAGCUCGAUGCUAUGUAUAAAGAAGGCUCUAUUGUCAAGGAUAUUAAAUUGUGA